AUGCAUCUUCACCUGUUUCUUUCUAUCUAUCUAUCUAUCUAUCUAUCUAUCUAUCUAUCUAUCUAUCUAUCUAUCUUUCUUUCUUUCUUUCUUUCUUUCUUUCUUUCUAUCUAUCUAUCUAUCUAUCUAUCUAUCUAUCUAAUUCUUUUGUCUAUAUAUCCAUCUAGUCGUAUAAAUAUGAAUCAAUUUUCCUUCCUUAUUUUUUCUUUCUUUCUCUCUUUCUUUUUGACUUUCAUUCUUUCUUUCUUUCUCUCUUUCUUUUUGACUUUCAUUCUUUCUUUCUUUCUUUCUUUUUUCUUUCUUUCUUUUUCUCUCUUUCUUUCUUUCUUUCUUUCUUUUUCUCUCUUUCUUUCUUUCUUUCUUUUUGACUUUCUUUCUUUCUUUUUCUCUCUUUCUUUCUUUCUUUCUUUCUUUCUUUUUUUUGACUUUCUUUCUUUCUUUCUUUUUCUCUCUUUCUUUCUUUCUUUCUUUUUGACUUUCUUUCUUUCUUUUUUCUCUCUCUUUCUUUCUUUCUUUUUGACUUUCUUUCUUUCUUUCUUUCUUUCUUUUUCUCUCUUUCUUUCUUUCUUUCUUUCUUUCUUUCUUUCUUUCUUUCUUUCUUUCUUUCUUUCUACCUCCAUAUUUGUAUCUAUCUAUCUAUCUAUCUAUCUAUCUAUCUAUCUAUAUAUAUUAGUGACGAACGUUGACUUUGAAACCAGUGUACAAGGCGGAGUGUGGGGCAGUGGAAUCCUUCACCCUACCUGGAAUAAUAUUGGUCCCUUCUCUGUGAAUAUGAUAUAA